UCAUAAACACAAGGGCUAUAGCUCAGUUAGGUAGAGCACCUCGUUUACACGUGCGCCAAAGUUUUUCAGAGGAGUCCAUCACGCAAUCAAACCAAUUGAUUGAUCUUAUUAAUAAAUCGAUGUCUUACUCCAUGACUUUUUUUUAGGAAAAAGAGGAGAACAAUAGCCUGACAUUAGGUCCUAUUAAAGUACCCCAUUUCGGUAGGGAAUUAAUAGAACCCAUCAUUGAUUUGAGAUAUUGAUAGGGUGAAUACCCAGUCUACUUAAUGCUAGGCAGAAUGAGUAUAAGGAACUCAAAAAUGAUCUUUUCGUCCUAUGAACCUUAAGGUGUAGCAAGUUUCAUAUUUGAUUUUUUAAUCAGGAUGUUAGAGACUAUAUUUAACUUAAGUUGAUCUAGACCAAAAGCAAACCUACGUCAAGAGAACCCUUCUUUGAAACACUUUGGUAGUUAUUCUGUAUUGUAUUAGAAUUAAAAAAUAAUCAAUCAGAGUACUUGGAACCAUUUCUUAUCUUUUUUUUUUAAGAAAAAAUAUGGUAGACUAACUGAUCUUUCUAUCAGUUAAUGAAAGAGCCCAAUGCAAAAAAAAUGCAUGUUGGGUCUUUGAAAGAGUUCGAAUCAUUUUGAUAAUAAUAAGUUCGAGCUCUUUUACCGAGCAGGUCUACGGUUCGAAUCCGUAUAGCCCUAACUAAUAAAUUUAUUCUAAUAAAUGACAUUCAAAUCCAAAUAAUUGGAUAAUUUUUGACUUUUUAUUGUAUUCUUUAUUUCUAACUGGUUACUUUCAAUUUGUUGGUUCAUAAAAAAAACUCCCAGACCCUAAACCAUAAGUCCUGGGGGUCGUUCAGAAUAAAACGGAAAACCAAAUUUGAUUUCAUUUGAUUUCAGUGGAUCCAAUCACUAUCUAUAGAUAUAUCUAGAUAGAUACUUAUAAUUUAGAAUAAACGUUUUUUAUUCAUUCAUUUUCAUAGUCGUAAGUGGAUUUUUUGAUACGUCAUAAUUUUAAAAACGAAGAUAUUUUUAUCAAUUUGUUUUAUUUUUAAAUAAAACAUAAAGCAAAUUUAAGAAACAGAAAUAAAAAAAAUUACUAGUUAUUAAUCAUAUUAAUAUUAUAUUAUUAAUAUGAGAAACUAUUAGUAAUAGAAACAUGGAAAUAUUAAGUAAUAAGUGUACUGAAAAUAAGAUUACAAUCAAUAAAUCUUAAAAGGAGACGUCUACCACAGCAACCAAACGAAAAUAAAUGAUUCGAUUAACCUGAAUUUUUGUUUUGACGCAAGAGUUAUAUAUACCUUGCCCAAUCCACUCCGAUUGGAAUUGACUAAGCGGGUAUUUUUUCCACAUUCAUAGGAGUUCGUCUAUGUUUCUGCUUUACGAAUAUGAUAUUUUCUGGGCAUUUUUAAUAAUAUCAAGUGCUAUUCCUGUUUUGGCAUUUCUAAUUUCCGGGGUUUUAUCUCCAAUUACGAAGGGGCCGGAGAAACUUUCUAGUUAUGAAUCAGGUAUAGAACCGAUCGGGGAUGCUUGGUUACAAUUUAGAAUCCGUUAUUAUAUGUUUGCUCUAGUUUUUGUUGUUUUUGAUGUUGAAACCGUUUUUCUGUAUCCGUGGGCAAUGAGUUUCGAUGUACUAGGGGUAUCCGCUUUUAUAGAAGCUUUCAUUUUCGUGCUUAUCCUAAUUCUUGGUUUAGUUUAUGCAUGGCGAAAAGGAGCGUUGGAAUGGUCUUAGUUCGUUUCCUGAAUACUUGUACAAUAACAAUAAAAAAAAAGUAAAAAAAAACCAUUGAAACAAUUAUGAAUUCCAUUAAGUUUCCCGUACUUGAUCGAACAACAAAAAACUCAGUUAUUUCAACUACGUUAAAUGAUCUUUCAAAUUGGUCAAGACUUUCCAGCCUAUGGCCGCUUCUUUAUGGUACCAGUUGUUGUUUUAUUGAAUUUGCCUCAUUAAUAGGCUCCCGAUUUGACUUUGAUCGUUAUGGGCUAGUACCAAGAUCAAGUCCUAGACAGGCGGACCUUAUUUUAACAGCAGGUACAGUAACAAUGAAAAUGGCUCCUUCUUUAGUGAGAUUAUAUGAACAAAUGCCUGAACCAAAGUAUGUUAUUGCUAUGGGAGCGUGUACAAUUACAGGGGGGAUGUUCAGUACCGAUUCUUAUAGUACUGUUCGAGGGGUUGAUAAGCUAAUUCCUGUAGAUGUCUAUUUGCCGGGUUGUCCACCUAAACCAGAGGCUGUUAUAGACGCUAUAACAAAGCUUCGUAAGAAAAUAGCUAGAGAAAUCUAUAAGGAUCGAAUUAGACCUCAACGGGGUAAUCGGUGUUUUACUACCAAUCACAAGUUUUUUGUUGUACGCAGUACACAGACUGGAAAUUAUGAUCAAGAAUUACUCUAUCCACCAUCAUCUACUUCAGAGAUCUCUACUGAAACAUUUUUUAAAUACAAAAGCCCAGUAUCUUCCCACGAAUUAGUGAAUUAGGGAGGAUUUGAGAGAAUAAGAAAAAAAUCUUCAUAAAUUAGAACUCAUGGUAAAUGUGAAAUACUUAAAUUUAUAUAAAAAAGGUGUGGGGGAAAUAAAAAAGAUGCAGGGCACUUUGUCCGUUUGGCUAGCCAAACGCGGGCUGGUUCAUAGAUCGUUGGGCUUCGAUUACCAAGGAAUAGAGACUUUACAAAUAAAGCCCGAAGAUUGGCAUUCUAUUGCUGUAAUUUUAUAUGUAUAUGGUUACAAUUAUUUACGUUCCCAAUGUGCCUAUGAUGUGGCACCAGGUGGCCUCUUAGCCAGUGUGUAUCAUCUUACGAGAAUAGAAUAUGGUGUCAAUCAAGCGGAAGAAGUUUGCAUAAAAGUAUUUACUCACAGGAGUAAUCCCAGAAUUCCAUCUGUUUUCUGGGUUUGGAAAAGUACGGAUUUUCAAGAACGGGAAUCUUAUGAUAUGUUAGGAAUCACUUAUGAUAGCCAUCCGCGGCUGAAACGGAUCUUAAUGCCCGAAAGUUGGAUAGGGUGGCCUUUACGUAAGGAUUAUAUUGCCCCCAAUUUUUAUGAAAUACAAGAUGCUUAUUGAAUGAUAAAAAAUUUGAAUGAUAAAAAUGAGUCUUAGUUUCUACAACUACGGACCUUCGCGGAAUAUUUUGAAUUCGAGUCGUUUUUAGAUCAAACAAACAGAAGAAUUAAGGUCUUAUUCAUAUUAUUAUAGAUAGCUUAAUCUCCAAUUUGAAAGAUACUUUUUUCCUAAAAGCCGAGCCAAUAGGAUGAACUAAAAAAAAAAAAAAGAGUUCUGCAUUAUGAACUUUGUAUCGCGCACAUAACUUAGUCAACUUUAGUCACAUAACUGGGAAUGAAUAAAUAAGAUUGGAAAGCAAUACAAUAAAUGGGGGGGUUAAAAUUCUAUUUCUAUUGUAUCUAAUCUAAUGAAUCUUGGGGGUAUUUCUGCCCUUCAACGAUAGAUACUAUAGAUAGAUAUAGAUAGAUAGAUAUAGAUCUUUUUUUUUUUACUUUUUUUUAUUCUUUCAACCAGAACUUUCCUUUCGAAUAUGUAUUAGGUAUAAAGUCUUAUACAUUUUUUUUGAACGGAUGGAUCCACAACAUGAACAAAAAAGAGAGGGGGAUAAAGGAUUAUUGCACUUUUUUUACUAAAGAUACGUUUAAUUUGAAGACUAUAAACUUAUCAAAAUUAAUCAAUCCUAUGCCAAGAACCAGAUUUGAACUGGUGACACGAGGAUUUUCAGUCCUCUGCUCUACCAACUGAGCUAUCCCGGCCAUUACCGAAGUAUCAUUCUCAUUUUAUGAGAUGACUUAGGUCUAUGUCAAUUAAAAGAAACGCAAAAGUAGUAAAUGAAAAAAGUUUUGGACCGGGAAUUUAUUGGAUCUUCGAAAAGAAGACUUUCUAAGUUUUAGAAUGAAAAAUUAUUUAGAUUCGAAAUAAUUCAAAUCGAUAGUUCUUUCUCAUUUGUAUAUGUAUGAUAUAUCCCACAAGACUUGUAUAUAAUAAGAAAAGAAAUUCGAGUUUGUAAAAGUGUCGGAUGAAUGAAAAAAGAUCAAUGAAUUCUUGAAUAACUAAAAAAAGGGUAAGGUGUCAAACAGACUUUUUUAGGGAGUAGGGUUGGGGAUAGAGGGACUUGAACCCUCACGAUUUUAAAAGUCAACGGAUUUUCAUCUUACUAUAAAUUUCAUUGUUGUCAGUAUUGACAUGUAGAAUGGGACUCUAUCUUUAUUCUCGUCCGAUUAAUAAGUUCCACCAAGGAUCUAUCAGACUAUGAAGUGAAUCGUUUGAUUCAACACAAGGGAUUGAACUCCAUUUGUUAGAACAGCUUCCAUUGAGUCUCUGCACCUAUCCCGCUUUCUAAACUCUGGUUUGUUCGCGUAACCCAGGAUUUGGCUCAGGAUUGCCCAUUGUUAAUUCCAGGGUUUCUCUGAAUUUGAAAGUUAUCACUUAGUAGGUUUCCAUACCAAGGCUCAAUCCAAUUAAGUCCGUAGCGUCUACCAAUUCCGCCAUAUCCCCCUUUUUGCUUUGAGAUUAGGAUCUCAUUAUGAUGUCUUUCCACUUUUUCUUAUGACGAAACCUUGGAAUUCAUUACAUACAGAUACUUAUUUUAUUUCUUUGGUAUCUUCUUGCAUUUUUUUUAGCCCCAUCCAUAUUGAUUUAGUUUAAUCAACAAAGAUUCUAUCAUUUUUGUAUUUGCAAUUCAAUAUGGUUAUAUAUUAGAGAACAUAUAUAUGUUCUUCCUUUUCUCAUCGUUGUCUUCAAUUUUAAGAAAUAGUCGAACGGUCGAUUCGUUUUUUUUACUUCCAUGAAAAGAAAUUUAUGAUCAUUAUUGAAACUUAGAAUUCUACAAUGUGCAAUGUAAAAAGAUUAUAAGUCUACUUCGUAGAUUUGAAAUUCGAAUAAUUCUAAAAAAGUAUAUUCGAAAUGAAUAUUCGAAUAUUCAUUCUAAUAAUUUAAUUCUAUAAAAUAAUAAAGAAUAUAAAAAGAGAAAAAGUAUCAAAUAAUAAUAAUUGCAUGAGGUUAGAACAAAAAAACCAAGAAUUUCAAAUCAGAUAUCAUUUAACUUUAAAAAAAAAGCUUUCCGGUCUAAUUAAAAUUUUCUUAUUUAGAAACUCAUGAAAUCAAAAUUAGAAAGUCGAUAUAUUGCUAUAUUAUAUUAAUUCAUUAAGGUUUUGUUUUAUUUAUUUAAUGAUAGUCACUAUUUAUUUGAGCUAUAUUCUGUUCUAGAAUAUCGAAAAUAUGAUGAAUUCUAAAUAGAUAAGGAAAAAUAUGAAUAGAAUAGUUAAUUAAUACGAUCUAGUAGUUUAGUGAAUUUGUAUACACUAUUUUAGUUGAGCCCGCUUAGCUCAGAGGUUAGAGCAUCGCAUUUGUAAUGCGAUGGUCAUCGGUUCGAUUCCGAUAGCCGGCUUUUACAUAGUUUUUCAUUUUUUUUACAUGAUUUUUAAUGUACUUUCAAAAAAAAAUAAGAUUGAAAAGACUUCUUUCACCUUUUUCCAAGAGUUACCACGCCAUUUAUAUUAUGUCAUAUAAACUUCCAUAUAGGAAUAUAUAUUGGGGUAAAAGGGUUAGAUCUUGGCAAAAUAAAUGAAGAAAAUAAAGGAAAAUUUUUGUGAUUUAUUGAUUUAUAUAUAUUGUAUAUACAAUAAAAAAAAUCUGUAUAUUGAGAGAAUAUAUCUUCUGACUCUUUGUAUUCCAAUAGUUUAUUGGAGUGGAUUUUACGUUAUUUAUCAUUAUCAUUUAGUUCAGUUUUAAUUUUGUUUAGUUUUUGUACAAUUUCAAUAAAAAAAGGAGUCUUUAUGUCACGUUACCGAGGGCCUCGUUUUAAAAAAAUACGCCGUCUGGGGGCUUUACCGGGACUAACUAGUAAAAGGCCUAGGGCAGGAAGCGAUCUUAGAAACCAAUCACGCUCCGGAAAAAAAUCUCAAUAUCGUAUUCGUUUAGAAGAAAAACAAAAAUUGCGUUUUCAUUAUGGUCUUACAGAACGCCAAUUACUUAAAUAUGUUCGUAUCGCCGGAAAAGCUAAGGGGUCAACGGGUCAAGUUUUAUUACAAUUACUUGAAAUGCGUUUGGAUAACAUCCUUUUUCGGUUGGGUAUGGCUUUGACUAUUCCUCAAGCGCGCCAAUUAGUUAACCAUGGGCAUAUUUUAGUUAAUGGUCGUAUAGUUGAUAUACCAAGUUAUCGAUGCAAACCCCGAGAUAUUAUUACAGUGAAGGAUGAACAAAACUCUAGAACUUUGGUUCAAAAUCUUCUUGAGUCAUCUGCCCCCGAGGAAUUGCCAAACCAUCUGACUCUUCACACAUUCCAAUAUGAAGGGUUAGUCAAUCAAAUAAUAGAUAGGAAAUGCGUCGGUUUGAAAAUAAAUGAAUUGCUUGUCGUAGAAUAUUACUCUCGCCAGACUUAAAAAACCUAAGUGAAGUAAAAAAAAAUCACUAAAAACAAGAGUUCGGACAACUCCCCUUUGCCCGCUUUUUUGAUUAAAACUAAAAAGGGACAAGGUAAGGGAUUUUGUCGGGGAAUCUUUUUCCUAUUCAUGUAUCAUAGAUUGGUAGGGAGGUUUGGAUCCCUUGUUUGCUCUUCCCAGCAUUUUCCAUAGCAAAGAAAUGUAGAUUUUAUAUCUAGAAAAAUUGGAAGUAGAUAGAAUAUUUUUUUAUAAAAAACGAGUCCGCUUUUAUGUUAGUUCGUACUAUAAAAUUCCUUUGUUUGUGAGAAAAUUUUCUCACAAAAGAAAAGUUAAAGGAAAUAAAAAGAGUUAUAGAAUGGAUUACUACCUAUGCCAAGAUCGCGUAUAAAUGGAAAUUUUAUUGAUAAAACCUUUACAAUUGUAGCCGAUAUCUUAUUACGAGUCAUUCCGACAACUUCCGGAGAAAAAGAGGCAUUUACUUAUUACAGAGAUGGGAUGUCGGCUCAAUCUGAAGGAAAUUAUGCGGAAGCAUUACAGAAUUAUUAUGAAGCUAUGCGACUAGAAAUUGACCCCUAUGAUCGAAGUUAUAUACUCUAUAAUAUAGGCCUUAUCCACACAAGUAAUGGGGAACAUACCAAAGCUUUAGAAUAUUAUUUUCGGGCAUUAGAACGAAACCCCUUUUUACCACAAGCUUUUAAUAAUAUGGCUGUGAUCUGUCAUUACCGUGGAGAACAGGCCAUUCAACAAGGAGAUUCUGAAAUGGCGGAGGCUUGGUUUGCUCAAGCCGCCGAGUAUUGGAAACAGGCUAUAACGCUUACUCCUGGUAAUUAUAUUGAAGCACAGAAUUGGUUGACGAUCACGAGGCGCUUCGAAUAAGAACUUUUUCUUUGUUUCUUUUUUUUUUAUUCUAUAAUAUAUCUUUAUUUGUUUUUACAAUUAAUUGUUUUUUAGUUUCUUGGCCCUCUCGGUCAAAUAAACCAGAUUCUUUUUUCUAUCAGAAGAACCAAUCCCAGAAAAAAAUUUCAUUAUAUCCUUUUCUCAAAUCGUUCUAUUUAAUCUGGUAUUCUCUAGGGAUAAGUAGUACAUGAAUAUGAGAAUAUCUAUAAUAUCUAUAUCUAGUUUUUUCUAUUUUUUUCUUUUCGACUAUUAAAACGAAUAAAAGGGAUUUGAAAAUGACUAAAUAUCAAUACUAGAAUGUUUCUUAGUAAUGACUAAUAAGCGGUUAUUGAAAUAGGAUAAUAUCCUCUAUUUAAAACAUAAAAAAUAGGCUAUAUUUCGGAACUUAUAAUUGAAAUAUGAAUACACUAGAUUAGGUUAUAAAAAAAAAUUAUUUGUGUACCAAUACUAAUGUAAAGGUGCGAAAACGCUUUUUAA